UUUUACAUUUCGCUCGGCAUUGUAACUGAAUGGUUAGCCAAUAAUUAACUUGGCACUUAAUAAUAUUCGCCAUCAUUAAAAUGUUAUCAAUAGAUUGCACGGGUAGGUAUUUGUGCACGUUGUAAACGCUAUGCAAUGCAAGCGCGCAUGUUCCGGAUGAACGACAAUAGAUCAAAACAAAUACAAAAUACGUGUGAACGCCGAGGAAUCCGUAUAUACAUGUCAAAACUUAUCGUCUGUGAUCAAUGUUCACCCAGCCGCAAAACGGCACAAGCACUUGAGAAUGGAGUAGUAAUUGCUAAGAAAUCAACAUUAUAAACAAAGACAUAUGAUCACCUCGGUGUUAUCUGGUCACAAUAGUUUUUCCUUUUUUGGCCCAGAACCCUAUAAAUAGAUAAAAUCGACAGGUUACAAGAGAGCACUGUUAUUUGUCUUGUCACGUGUAUUCGUUCAAAUAUAUUUACAUUCGAUCACGUUGUAGCUUCAUUCGCGUUUUGUGUGCAGAAUGCUCUGUCGUCUUGCAAUAUGCGGCGUAAUUUUCUGUGUUCUUUCAAUACCCGGGAUAUUAGGUCAACUUAUAUUAGGCACGGGCAGAUGGUCGGUACAGAACGUCCAGGAUUGCGAGAAUGAUGAGAAGUAUCCGGCGACGAUGCAUGUGCGACGAUUCAAACUGAAUCGCACACACGACGCUUUCAACGUCGAUACUUAUUUUGGCGUGGACGUCGAUGAAUCUUUUGGCAUUCGCAUAGUAAUUUACAAGAAGGUAGACGGAGGAUUCAAGCUUUACAUGACUCUGGCCGAUAAUAACUUGCCACGUUUCGUAAAAGCACACUCAGAAAAAAAUAUAAAAUAUGGGCUCGAGUUAGCUGGGCUUGACCCGCCAGACUUCCCUGUUCCUAAAGGUGAAUUACACAUAAAGAACUUCGUUAUUAAUAUGGAUGAACUGGCUCAAGAAGGCAUGUACGGCGAAUUCAUGGGAUACGGUUACAUAAUAAAAGAUCUGCGAGAUGUCGCUUGCAUGAAGGUUUACUACAAAUACGAGCCGGCCGACGAUAAAGAGCCAUUAGUAGGUCGGUGGUACAAAAAAAAUUAGUCUUAACAUAUUGGGCAAGAUGACAAUCCUACAUUACAAACGCUAAACGAAUCGGAAUAAUGUAUCGGGAUGACAGAUGCACCGUUACGUGACCUUGACUCGUUCCAUAGAUUAUUUAUUGAAGUUUCGCUUGGCUAGUAAUCUAAUGUUAUUGGUUUCAAUGCACGUAUAUAUCAUAGUGCCAUUGUCUUUAUUUAUACUAGGUUUGAAAACAACUUAGGCCCAAAAUGCUGAAAUAUCUUUUUUUUAAGUAAAGUAGUAAGUUUAGUUUAACUUAAGUUAAUGUAAUUUAGUAAUUAAGUAAAUUUAAGGUAGUCUUAUGUAGUACAAAUUUUAUGUAUUAUAAGGGCCCAUUUGCAUGCUAACAAAACGGCUAGGACAUGUAACUUUUAUAACACUUUAUGUAAAUCCUUUUUAUGUGCAAAUAAAUGAUUAUGAUUAAUAGCCAAAUGUCA